CUUCGUGGUUGUUCCUUUACAAAAGUCACCUUUGCCAUCCUCGACGAAGUGGUAGGUAGCGGAGAUACAAAGAAUGGCAGACGCAGACGAAGACAUCAUCCCCCGCGAUGGCCAACCCGGCGGAGAAGAAGUCGAUCUUUCCGACGAGCCCCAAGAUUUCCGAUUCUUAACCUCCAUAUCAAAAUCCGAUGCCGUAAUUCCCAAGCGAGGCGAAAAAGAUUUCGAACCACAUGCAACAGCACUACAGUCGAAUACCUUAGCGGCCUCACGACAGGCAAUGCACAAUGUCUUAUCCUUUGAACGAGUGCAUCAACCCAAAGGACAUACUAUUGGAAUCUAUCAUCCUGAAACCAACAUGUGCUAUGCCAUGAAUCCCAAAGGCCCGCUGUUCAUUCGCAUGGGCAGAGUGCUCCCCGCCAACGAAUCUCCCUUUGGAGACGACGAAUUGCGAGGAAUUCGUACGUGGUUGUAUCCUGAAGAGGCACUGUAUCUGCUCGAACGCGGGACGAUGGAUGUGAGAUGGCCUCGGACCGUUCAGGAGGACGGCGAUGAUGGCGAUGAUGAUGAUGAUGAUGAAGAGGGAGAAUCGAAAUUGGGUCUGCCGAUGAGUUUGCAAGCAGGCUAUGCCAUGUUUCUCGGCGACGAGGAAUCCCACCCCCAUGAAGCAGCUACACUCACUUUCGAGCGCUUCUCCGUCUACUCGGGCUUGAAGCGUGCGGGAUAUACCGUUCUGCGUGCACCUUCUUGGGAUUCGACCGGUCCUGCAUUGACUCCUGACUGUUUUCCUCCUCUGCAGCCGCAGAAUCGUACAUGGCAAACAGGACUGACCAGCAUAAUAUCAUCCUUGAAAUGCUUCUUCAUUGCAAACCCUCAGAAACUCGAACGUCAACAGCAUGCACGACAAGUCACAGGUCCCAUCAUCCCGAACGAUCUCUAUCGGAAUUACCAGGACAUCUAUCAUCGACUUGCCCUGGUCAAUUUCCACGAUCCCACCCUCGCCAAGCCGCCAUCAUCAACAACAGCAGAAGCAGAAGAAAAGACUCCAAGGACAGAACCCCCAUUUCGCAUCACCUACCACGUCUGGAAACCCGGCUCAGCGCACUUCAAGAAAUCCGCACCAGUAGAUCCCGAUUUCCGGAUCGCCGUCAUCAAUGCUCGCGAGAGCAAUAUGCCGACUCUAGAUCAGUUGGGGGCACUGCUGGAGACGACACCCUACGAUCCGCCCAAGGCCGAGGCGCAUAUGCAUGUGAAGCUGAAGCAUGGGUACAAGAAUGUAAUCUUGGCCAUUGUGGAUCAAGGUGUGCCGAGCUACUUGAGGAUUGCGGACGCCGCGUUUGGACGGGAGAAGGUGUAUGAACGAGGUACGGGCGGGAGGGGAGGAAAGAGAGGUGGAAGAGGUGGUGCGCGUGGCAGGGGAAGGGGGAGAGGAAGGUGAGAGGUGGAAGUAUGGAUUGCUAGGGUAUCUCAGUUAUGGAGGCAUCAGUGGUCUGUGACUAGCCACCGUUAUUGCCACCGGCGAAACGCAUGGGCUGCAGAGGACAUGCUAGCGAUACCACUGCUGGGCCUACGAUUCCAAUCUGAACAAUC